AUGUUGCAAAGAUCCCGCUCGAGGCAAGGGUUUGAAACUGAUGAGACCCCAGUAUCAGUUUGGGAGGCAUUCAAGAAGGCCUUAAAUGAUAAGUACUUCUCGCUUAGCUGGAGGCAGGAGAAAAGCUGGGAGUUUGUGAACCAGAAGCAAACUGGAGAAAUGUCGGUGGCUCAAUACGACACCAAAUUCAAUCAUCUCAUUAAAUACAAGCCAAUGUAUGAUACCGAUGAGUGGCAGAAAGCACAGAAGUUUAUGUCAGGACUUCGGGUGGAUCUGCUGCAAGCUUUGAGCACAUGGUCAAUCAAAUCAUAUGAGGAAGCUUUAAGUAAAGCUUUGACGACGGAGAGGAACCUUCUGCAAGUGAAGCAGAUUAGGUCUGGAGAAACAAAAGGGGACUCAGAGCAGAAAUCGGGAAAUAAAAAUCCCCAGGGCAGCAAGCAAUGCUUCAAGUGCAAAAAGAGCCAUCUGGGGAGGAAAUGCUUAGCAGGAACGUCUAUCUGCUAUUCUUGCGGAAAGCAAGGGCACAUAAGUAGGGAUUGUCGCAAGAGAAAGGAAACACCUUUUAAAGACCUAUCAAAGGUGGUGUGUUUCCAGUGCAAUCAACCAGGGCACUAUUCAAGUAACUGCCCGAAGAGGCCAAGACUCGGACAAGCAGAUGGGCCAACUGAAAAGGCAGGAGAGGCUCGUGGGACUUGUCAGGGACGUGCUUACAACCUCAUCAAGGAAGAUGUGGGGACAAAUCCGGCAGUCGUGCAAGGUACGCUCUUCAUAUCGGAUACCCCUGUUCAUGCAUUGAUAGACCCUGGGUCAACGCAUUCAUUUAUGUCAUAUGCUUUGGCUACAAGUUUGGAGCUAGAUGUGUAUGACUUCGACGUAAUCUUAGGAAUGGAUUUCUUGUCCAGAUACGAUGCCAGUAUAGAUUGUCGGAGAAAGGUAAUGACCAUAAAGAAACUCGAAGGGGAAUGGGUCAAAUUUCGGGGACAAGGUGACCUUAGGAAUGGAAAAAUGAUUUCGGCCAGGAAGGCAGAAAAGUUGAUAAGCCAGGGAUCUCAUGGAUGUAUAGCCUAUGCUCGUUUGAAAGAGAAAGAAGUGCCAAAGCUCAAUGAGGUGUGGAUAGUACGAGAGUAUGGGGAUGUAUUUCCUGAAGACCUACCAGGACUACCGCUAGCUCAAGAGAUCGAGUUCUCAGUCAAGCUAGUACUAGGAACUAAACCGAUAUCUAUUCCUCCUUAUCGAAGAUGUAACACCCCAGAUUUUCAAAAUAAAAAAUGA